AUGCCUGCCAGCACCAGCGCCACCGCCGGCGCCAGCCCGACACUUGAUCUCCGGCAAUUCAAUGAGGCUACUUUGCAGAGCUUGCUCGCCCAAUUGGACAAGAUUUAUUCCACCAACAACUUGCUCGUGUUGGACCCCACGCUAUCGUCGUUGAUUAAUCGAUUGACCUCCUUUUCCACCAUCAAAGAGCACGGCAAGUGUCAGAAUGUCACUUGGCUAAACGAUGACCUUGCAUCGAUUCCGGCCAACGUUUUUGCCAAAUACUCGAGCUUGGUCUUUAUUCUACCAGAGUCGCAAAAUGCGUUGCUGAAAUUGAAAAACUAUACCAAGUCGAUAUCACAGAGUGUAUCAUCCAGCAUAAAAUUCAACAUUGUCGUCAAGGACUUGACUCGACGGUUUCUAUUGCAAAUCAAUAGGCAGUUUGACGGCAUCGGCGACUUUGAGAAGGUUUUGUCCUUGCCCAACUUGUCCAAACCGUUUGCAAUCACCUCCAAAAUCAAGGUUUUCAACUGGUGCACGGAUCCAAUUUACAGCGACGGAGUCUUGAUCACCACCAAUGGCGCGAGUCUCGCGGGGAUCCACGACUAUUUCGAAAGGCCAUUGAAGCAAAUGAACCAGUUGAUAGAUGCGCUUAUCAAGGUAUUGUUUGUUGGGGUCAAGCAUGAGACAAAGCACAAGCAUUUGUUCAAGCUUCGAAACGUGUACGCCAAGGGAAGCCACGCGAGUCUACUCGUUGAGAUGUUGAUCAAUUCAAAAAUCCCGGAAUAUUUGAACGAGAACAUGCAGCCCACCGAGAUUGAGUUUUAUACUGAAAAGCUCCAUAGCAACACAGAUUUGGUGGUUGUCGAGCGGAAUCUUGAUUUCUUCCCCGUUGUAUUUAACCAAUUAAACUACCACGGUAUUGUCGAUGAUUUGUUUGGCAUUAAUUUUGAAAACAUUGUUGAUUUCAACGAGAAUGUGGGCAAGGACUUGAGCCACGACGACCUUUACAACAACGACUUGAAGCACUUGAAUUUCUCAACGGUGGGGUCACGAUUAAAUACCUUGGCGAAAUUUAUCAAGCAGCAGUUUGAAGAUAGCGGACACAAGGACGAAGCCAACAUUAGUGAGAUGAAGGCGUUGGUCAUGGCCUUGGGCAAUUUGUCUGUGCAACAAGAACUAAUCAGAAAGCACACCGUCAUUGGAGAAAAUGUAGUCAAGAAAGUGGAGAAGGAAUAUGAAAAGUUUUUGACUUUUCAAAACGACAUAUUCGAUAUGGACUAUAAGCUCCAGAUAUCCAAGUUGAAGUCCUUUAUUAAUCUCAACUACCCGAUAGACAAUAUCUGGACCAUCCUUUUAUUGAUUGGCUACAUCAAUGACGGGAUUCUCAACAAGGACUUGGACAAGAUCUCAAAUGAAUUGCAAGACAAUUUUGGUCUUGAAGCUGCUCUUGCACUUCAAAAAAUCGUUGACCUUAAAUUGAUUCGCGUGAUUAAUGAUUCAUCUAAUGAUUUCUUCACCUCUCUAGGGUUGACAAGCCAGAAGAAACGCACCCCGGUGCCACAGCGAGAGGACGAAGAAACCACCUUGGGCAUCACUGGAGGCAGGGAUGUCUUCAAGAGCAAUUACACACUUAUAAACAAGUUUUGGAACUUGCACCCAUUACAAGAGGAAGGCGAUGGCAUCAAAGACGACAGUAAAAAGGCAGACAAUCAAGAGUCCACGAGUCUCACUACACUAUACCCUGCGCCUUCGUUCACGUUACCGGGAGGUACAGUUCCCUUGAUAUAUCGACUCGUCGAGUCCUUGUAUCUUCGCGACUUUCUAAAAUACAAACCGAUUAACAAUCUCAAAAGAAGACCCAAUUGGGAUAAUUUGGGGCUCAACACCAUGUUUGCAGGUAGGACCCUUGAUCUCAAUUUGCAGAAUGUAAAUGACGACAAGCUGAAAUAUUUGGUGGUGGUGGUAAUGGGCGGGAUAACGAGAAGCGAAAUCACUUGCUUCAAGUAUCUAGAGGAAAAACUCAAGGAAAGAGGCAACCACAAGGAGAUUAUCAUCUUGAGCAGUGGGAUAGUCAACCAUCGUAAGUUCUGGCUGUUCAUUGGUCAGUGA